UCCGCUCGGAGCUGAGAUACUUAUCAUCAGGACUCGGUACUGUCAUCAAGAUCGUUCACGUUCAGUGGGAUUGUACACAUACAGACGCUGUUUUUUCAUUCGGGAAUAAUCUUCAUCCCUUAAACAAGUGCACUGAGUCUCUUUUUUCACUCUCUUGCCUUUCUGGAAUCCUCUGCUGUGCUCCUGGAUAAAGGAGCCGCCGUUUUCCAACAGCUCUUCCGGCAGGAGAAUCAGAGAGCAGUCCCAAAGGAGGACAGUGGACUCAAUGAGGGAGCCAGAGAGGGAGGAGCAGCUUGACCCCAGCAUGCCUCCCAAAUUUAAACGGCAUCUGAAUGAUGAAGAGGUGACCGGCUCUAUUCGCAGUGAAAGGAGAAACCUACUGGAGGAAGACUCUGAUGAGGAAGAGGACUUUUUCUUGAGAGGACCUACAGGACCACGAUUUGGUGGCGAAAAUGACAAAAUUAGACAGGUGCAGUCUCAGGUUGAUGAGGUCAUUGAUGUCAUGCAGGAAAACAUCUCGAAAGUGAUAGAGCGAGGCGAACGUCUGGAUGAGCUGCAGGACAAAUCUGAGAGCCUGUCAGACAAUGCGUCAGCAUUUAGCAGUAGAGCCAAGCAGCUCCAUAGAAGAAUGUGGUGGAGAGACAUGAAGAUGAAAUUGAUUGUGGCUUUGGUUGUGGUCGUCCUUCUGCUUAUUAUAAUCAUUCCUGUCAUCUUGCGGUAUCGCUAGUGUCUGGCAGGGAGGUUAGAGGAGCAGUGUUCUCUUCCUCCCUCCUCUUCUGCAUCUUUCUGCUGUCACUCCUCCGAGCCAGAGGGGGGCGCUGCACAGAGUUGGGCUGCCCACUGUGUUUGCCUGUUUGGGCAAGGUCUCGAAACAUAACAAACUGGGGCAGAGUUGAAUUUUGUGUGUGUGUGUGUGUAUGAGAAUGUGUAUGUGUGUGUAUAUGACAACACAAAUUUUUAAUCACGACAAUGGCUCAACACUGGUGCAGACCUGUCUCUUGUAUGGAUACAUACAAAAACUACUGUAAUUAAAAGUAAACAAAGGUCAUUUUUGUUGUAUAUGCAUUCGGUAACAUGAGGACAAACUUACAACUCUGCAGUCUUUUAAGUUAUUUUUUUGUUAUUGCAAAGUCGUUUUAUUUCAAUAAAACUGUACAAAAUCACACAUACACAUUCCUUGGAAUACGUUCUUCUCAGGAGGGUGGGGGCAAUAAGAGAAAAGGGGUAAGGCUGAACACGAAAUGAAACGUGAUGAUGACACUCUGUGUGUUUAAAUUAGAUAGACUACUAUAACUACUCUGAAAGGCAAGUAAUGGAUUUCUGUAAUGUUUGCUGCUAUUGACAUUCUUAUGUUGAGUAAUCACAGUUAAUUGUGUUGAGUCUUUAUUAUUUGUUAUUUGCUUUUUCUUCAUGCUUGUAAAUGGUUUAUGUACAGAUCGUAAUACUUUUGUUCACUGGUGUUAUUUUAGCAGCCUGUUGAUUGGUCAGUGAUGUGAUGGAUGCAGUGAUGAUCACUUGAUUGAGACACACCUGUGAACUUGCUUUAGGACAUUUAAUUUGACUGACUAUUCUAUGUCAUUUUUAAUUUAUUUGUAAAUAUCCAUCCCCGUGACAUUGGCUUUGUGCUGGAGGACUGAAUUACUUAUACAUUUGAAAUAAAGUGAUUUUAAAUGGCA